AUGACAGCAAUUCCCAUGUCCCUCCAGCCCUAUGCCCACACGCAGCAAAGCCCACUGUUGGAAAAAUUAAAGGCUCCCGCUGGCUUUGCAGACUCAGCAGAGGGAAGCACAGAGGUGGUUUCACCCCAGGAGGAUCCCCGUGCAAGGAGCCAUGGCCCUGCGGGGUGGGCAGAAUGCAGGCAGAGUGCAGGCAGAGCGAGGCGGUGUUGGCUGCUUGAGCAGGGACCUGCUCAGAUGCGGGGCAGGCAGCUGGGGCAGCCAAGGCAAACAGGCACAUACCUGCCAGCCUUGGUCACGGCACUGGGGCCGGCUGCUGCCAGCACCGUGAUGGCUACAGACCUGCUCGCCACACAGCCUGGCUCCUGGCGCACCUCUCCCACUGCUGCUCCUCACCCGAAAGGAGGUCACCUCAGCUUAGACAUGGCAGUGGCAGCCAGGAAAGGCAGGGUGACAGCCUCCCCGCUUGCUGGCAGUGCUGCAGCCAUCGCCACCACGGCUCAGCCGGGCUUCCUGGGUAGCUGGCUUAGCUGGAUCCCAUUACCUAAAUGGGCACUCAUUGCUGUGGCUGUCGCAGUGGCUGUUGUCCUCCUCCUCUUCCUCAUCUGCAUCAUCAGGUGCUGCUGUGGCAAGAAGAAGCCCAAGAAGAAAGAAAGAGUCAGCUUGCAUGCCAUCAGUGGCUCCAGCACGGCCUGCCUUGUCCAGCCCGAGAUGGAGGACCUGGAGGAGGGCACGGAGCAGACAGGGCGAGGAAAGCUGCAGUACUCCCUUGAGUACAACUUCCGUGCACAGGAGCUGAAAGUUGGCGUGAAACAGGCAGCCGAGCUGAAGGCCAUGGACAGUGGAGGCACAUCCGAUCCGUAUGUGAUUGUCUACUUAACGUCCGAUAUGAAGAAGAAGCACGAGACCAAGGUUUACCGCAAGACCCUGAACCCCGUCUUCAAUGAGAGCUUCACUUUCCAGGUACCCCAGGCAGAGGUGCCUGAAUCCACGCUGGUGAUGCAGGUCUACGACUUCAACCGCUUCGCCAAGCAUGACAUCAUCGGUGAGGUCCGGCUGCCCUUGGCCAGUGUCAGCCUGCAGCACGUCAUCGAGCAGUGGAGUGACCUGGCGGUGGCCAGUAAAGUGGAGGAAGAGCAGCUGGGUGAGAUCUGCUUCUCGCUGCGCUAUGUCCCCAGCACCGGCAAGCUAAUGGUGGUCAUCCUGGAAGCCAAGAAGCUGAAGCGGAUGGACUCCCAUGGGCUCUCAGAUCCUUUUGUCAAGGUGCAUCUCAUCCUGAACAGGAAGAAAUGGAAGAAGAAGACGACAAGUGUGAAGAAAAACACCUUAAGCCCUUACUUCAAUGAGGUGUUUGUUUUUGAGGUGCCUUUCAAUCAGAUCCAGAACGUGGACGUGGUCAUCUCCGUCUGGGAUCAUGACAAAGUGACCAAGAACGAGCCCAUUGGCAAACUCUUCCUGGGCUGCCGGGCCACGGGCAACCAGCUGCGGCACUGGUCUGACAUGCUGUCCAACCCACGCCGGCCCCUCGCCCAGUGGCACAUCCUGCAGCCCCCGGACGUGGUUGACAAAGCCCUGGGGCUGAAGUCCCACAUCAAGCUGUCCCUGCCCCCCAAAUAG